AUGAAGAAGAUCGAAAACCUCUCAGUCCCCGCUCUCCACCUCUUCCUCAACCGACUCCCCCAAGAACUGUACGAGGAGAUCUACAAUCUAGUUUUCACAGCACCCGCCGGACCCAUCAAUCUCACAGUCCGCUUCAACCCCAUCAUCCACCUCUCCCUCAAACUCCUCCGCAUCGACUCCAACUCCCGCAAAAAGUACGCCGCAUCUUACUACAGUCGGGAAUUCACUUUCCACGCCAAGUGGCUCAUGGACUCGAUUCAGCCGUUUAUCAGAUGGACGAGAUCUAUUGAUUCUUGUCAUUUGGCGUUUUUGACCAAAGUUACGUUGGUGAGGAAUAAUAAUAGGGGGUUGACUGAUAAUGAUUAUUUGGCGUGGAUUGUGGAGAGCUGUAGGAGGAGUGUUGCGGCGGGGUUGGGGCAUGAGGUUAUGAGGAAGGUGGUUUAUGAGUUGUCUGAUGGUCGUUGA